AUAAAUUCUUAUAAUAUAGAUUUAUGUAACAAAUCAACAAAGUUUCAUAUUUAAAUUAGGUACAAUCAUAACAAUUUGAUGUUGAAUUAAUGUCUGAUGAGGUAGGUUUUACUUUAGAUUAAUUAAUGGAAUUGGCUGGAUAAAGUGUUGCAAAUACAGUAGUUUAAUUAAAUAAAUAAGGUAAUUCUUAUAAUAAAAUUCUGGUGCUAUGUGGACCAGGAAAUAAUGGAGGAGAUGGUAUUGUUUCUGCUCGGCAUUUAAAAUAGUUUGGAUUAUAACCUGAAAUAGUAUUAUUUAAAGAAGUGAAAAAUCCAUAUUUCAAUAGAUUGCUUAAUCAAUGUAAAUACAAUUUAGUUCCAAUUCAUUAUUAAAUUUAAGAUUUUGAAAAAUAUGAUUUAUUGAUUGAUGCAAUCCUUGGAUUUUCAUUUAAACCUCCUCUUAGAGAACCAUUUGAUAAACCUAUUUAUUAAUUUAAGACAACAAAAACUCCAAUUUUAUCUGUAGAUAUUCCAUCUGGUUGGGAUGUUGAAAAAGGAAAUACUUAAGAUCUCUUUAACCCAUAAUAUUUGAUUUCAUUAACUCUUCCUAAACUAGGAGUUAAGAGUUUUAAGGGAAGACAUUUUAUUGGGGGAAGAUUCAUUCCAUUAAAACUUUAAGAAAAAUAUAAUUUUAUUGUACCAUAAUAUUAAGGAAGUGACACUAUUUUAGAAUUAUCGAAUUUAUGA